CGCCCCCUGUCGGCCCCGGCGGCGGCGCACGCGCGGCCCGGUGCGCCGCUCCUUCCUUCCGGCCGCCAUCUCGCUGCGCCCGCGUGCGAAUCCCGGCCCCGCGCCCUGCCCGCCGCUCCUGCCCCGCUCCGGCGCCGCCUCCGCCCGCCGAGAUGAAGGAGACCAUCAUGAACCAGGAGAAGCUGGCCAAGCUGCAGGCCCAAGUGCGCAUCGGUGGCAAGGGUACUGCCCGCAGAAAGAAGAAGGUUGUUCACAGAACAGCUACAGCAGAUGACAAGAAACUUCAGUUUUCAUUGAAGAAACUAGGAGUCAAUAAUAUUUCUGGAAUUGAAGAGGUAAACAUGUUUACCAAUCAAGGAACAGUCAUUCACUUCAAUAACCCAAAAGUUCAAGCAUCUCUGGCUGCUAACACUUUCACUAUCACUGGCCAUGCUGAGACAAAGCAGCUGACAGAAAUGCUUCCUAGCAUCCUAAACCAGCUUGGAGCUGACAGUUUGACCAGCCUGAGGAGAUUGGCAGAAGCCCUACCAAAGCAAUCUGUGGAUGGAAAAGCACCUCUUGCUACUGGUGAAGAUGAUGAUGAUGAAGUUCCAGAUCUUGUUGAAAACUUCGAUGAAGCUUCGAAGAAUGAGGCAAACUGAACUAAGUGUCACUUUCUGAAUAAAACUGAAACUUGAAAAAGCUA